GUCUGUGUGGAGCAACAAAAGAAAAAAUCAUAUAGCAUAUGUUUUAAGUUUAAUGAGAGCAUGUUGAUGCAGCUAAAUUGAAAAUAACUGCAACGAUGUCCUUUGGAGACACGGUGGAUGGCAAGGUUGAAUUUUGAAAAGGCCGGUUAAACUCUGCGCCUGGACCGACCAAUCGGAAGUUAGAGAAGGACACUGUGCUUGCAUGGGAUGGACAGUAAGGGUGGCUCUCUUCCCUUGAUGCCUGAGCCGCGAAGCCCCAUCAGCAUGAAACAGCCGUCCGAUUCGCUGGCCGGCGGACGCAAGGGGAGGGGUGAGGUGGGCGCAGACUCCGCCCUUAUCUUGGACAAGGCCACCACGCAGCUGGCAGCCACACCUCAAGAUGGUGCCCUGCCCAAGAUGCAGAACGGCCACGGCCUCGCUCACGGCCACAGCCUCGAGCAGCUGAAGGAUCUCACCUCGCGCGUCCUUAACAAUGGUGAACAGCCCAAACACUGUGCCGCCACCGUCGUCGCUGCCACGACAGAGCCCCCCAUGAAGGGGGCAGAGCCCACCCCUCCGAACCCUGCCCCUGCCCAGGAUAUCAAGCUCAAGUUCCCCAAACGGGCACCCCAAGUGGCUGCCAACGGCACCAAGCCCGCGCCCAACGGCAGGUGUGACUCUGCCUGCUUCGCUGAAGAUGGGGAGCGACCGGAGGUCACCGUCACAAUGCCGGAGAGGAUUCUGGGAGGCCCAAGCGCUGGGAGGAAGAGGAAGGGCCGUCCAGUGAAAAAGAGGAUCCCGGCGAGCACUCGGAAACCUCUCACAGUCCGAGUGUCGCCCCACAAGGGUGUGGUGCAGUCAACAGCUGACCCCAUGUCUGCUGAUGCAGCCACCACCUCAACCAAUCAUGUCACAGAAUCUAAUACUCUCACCAUUAAGCCAAUCACUACCCUUGCCUCCCCGGACCAAUCAUGCAUCGCGGUGAACUGUAACCCGAGAGUGGAAAUUGAGAGAUAUGUGAACAACCCAGAUGGAACGAUCCACGAGCGCUUUUCUGUGGGGGACGUGGUUUGGACCAAAAUGUUGGGUUGGCCCUGGUGGCCCUGCAUGGUUACAACCGACCCCCAGUUCAACAAACACAUGAAACAGAAUGCCUUGAACAGCACUCUGUACCAUGUGCAGUACUUCAGCGAAGCUUCCGAGAGAGGCUAUGUUGCUGAGAGAUAUAUGGUGCCGUUCCGUGACGGCAAGCAGUACCAGGAGCUCAACCUGGAGCAGCCUUCUCCUCGUCCUGAUCGGAAGAAGCCGGUCAUCCCUGUUUUGCCGCGAAAAUUGCUUCUUGGAAUCUCCCAGGCAACCGAAGCCAUGAGCAUGGCCCUGGAGGACCGCGUUGCCAAGUUCACCCUGUUUGCCCUUCCACGGGUCCCACGCACGCCCUUCUCCCAGUCCAGCCCAGACACAGUCCGGCAGCAGGACUCCGACCAGCAGGCUCCAGAACCGGCCCAGGAACUGGACUGGCACCACUGCCCCUCCGUCGCCGCCGCCGCUCAAUCGGAGCCGGAGCCGGCGCCGGGCCAGGCGGCGCCCUCAGAGAGCGAAUCCCCGAAGACCGAGCCCCCGGAGACCCUGUCGAAGAAGAAGGAGGAGGAGGAGGAGGAAGAGGAGGUCCCUCUGCGACACAUCACCUGCCGAGGGCCAGCGCUGAGCGGCUACCCGCCGCCCCUGUGCACCAGCACUCCCGCGGGACGAGCACACACACAGGAGGAGCUGGAGCAGCCCGACGCGCACACACCACUCUCCCCGGCGCUCACACGCGACGACCUCAAUGGCAUCGACACACCCGGCGCCCACUCCAAAGACAGCAGCACUUCAGCGCCCAAGAAGGCCACUGGCAGGAAGGUCUCGAGGGUUACAAAGGUUACCAAGGUUGCCAAGGUUGCCAAGGCCACCAAGGUCACAAAGGGGGUAAAAGUCAACACAGAGGUCGCAGAAGGUCAGGCGACGAGUUCACCUGUGAGGAGGAGGAGGAGAAAGGUCCCAAGCCUCCCUGAAGUGGCCACACACACACCAGCUCAGGAGACCACCACUGCUGCUUCCAACCUCGAACCUCUGAAAUCCGAACCGGCAAAACCUCCACAGAAACGCAAGAGGGUCAAAGUCACUGUGACUGCAGACCUGAAAGUACUGGAAAAGCCUGCUGCUCAGGAGCCCCUCCCUGCAGACUUAGUCACCCCUGCUCCGGUGAGGAAGAGGCAAACCAAACCCAAGCCCAGUAAGGCUGCCGACGCCACUGUCAACACCCCCAAGAAGAGGGGGAGGCCCGUGGUUGUCGCCACUAAACUUCCCACCAAGGAGCCCGGCAGCCAAGAGACCAGAGCUGAUGCAGCCCAAAAGGUCCCUAAGGCUCCACGGAUGAAGAGCCAGCCUGCUCAGAGCAAAGAGAAGCCUGAGCCCAAAGGAAAGAACAGCAUGAAACGGGAGCUAGAGGACAAGUCCGGCGAGAAGGAAGAACAGACCAAAAAACGCAUCAAGCUCGAGGUUGUCACAUCCAAAGCAAAGACUCCUAAGGGUAAGUCGGCAGAUCUCACCAGCCCUGUGAGGAGAAGGAAGAAACGGACCACUGACACGGUGGAGGUGAAGGGGGUGGGCAGUGGGUCGGAGGUGAAGAAGAGACAGAGGAAGAAAGUGGAGGAGAAGCCCCCCACCCCAGCGAAAGGGAGGAAAAGAUCGUCAGGGAAGCUCCAGGCUCAGGUCAAAGAGGAAGAAGUUCCCGGGACACUGAAAAGGUCCAGGAAGAGAAAGGGAUCCAGUAGCCAAUCAGCUGCUGCCACGCCCAAGAAGAGGCACAUCCAGUCCCACCCUGAACCCGAGGGCUCUAUGUGCGAGGAGAGGCCCGAGUCUCCUAAUGACAGCACAGAUGAGACCCAAGCAGCGAAGAAAAGCACUAAGAAGGAGACUGUGUGUCAGGGUUGUGAGUGCACUGGAGAGGACCUUCUGGUGUGUGAGGGUGUGUGUUGUAGUUCGUUCCAUACAGAGUGUCUGGGGCGGCUACACACUCCAGAUGAGAAAGUUAUGUGUGCUCCAUGCAGCGCAGGUACACACGUGUGUUUCUGCUGUAAGCAGUCAGAAGGGGAGGUCCGGCGCUGCACUGUUCUCCACUGUGGUCGGUUCUACCAUGAGGAGUGCCUGCGGCCCAACCCGCUCACCGUGUUCGAGAACCGCGGGUUCCGGUGCCCGCUACACACCUGCCUGUCCUGCCACUACACCGGCAAGGCCAAAGCCAAAGCCACUAAAGGUAAGAUGAUGCGUUGUCUGCGCUGCCCGGUGGCCUACCACGCAGGAGACCAGUGCGUUGCCGCGGGUAGCGAGAUGCUGACCUCCACGGCGAUGAUCUGCAGCAGUCACUUCAUGGCCAAGAAGGGCCGCAGCCAGCACAGCCAUGUCAACGUCAGCUGGUGCUUUGUCUGCUCCAAAGGUGGCAGUCUGCUGUGUUGCGAGUCGUGCCCAGCGGCAUUCCAUCCCGACUGUCUCAACAUCGCCAUGCCUGACGGCAGCUGGUUCUGCAACGACUGCCGCAACGGCAAGCGACCCAAGUACCACGACAUCAUCUGGGUCAAACUGGGCAACUACAGGUGGUGGCCAGCAGAGAUCCGGCACCCGCGGAACAUCCCCACCAACAUCCAGCACCUGCGGCACGAGAUCGGAGAGUUCCCCGUCUUCUUCUUCGGCUCCAAGGACUACUUCUGGACCCACCAGGGCCGUGUCUUCCCCUAUGUGGAGGGCGACCGCGGCAGCAAGUGCCAGCAGACCAACAUCGGCAAGGUCUUCAAGAACGCCCUACUGGAGGCUGAGGCCCGCUUCAAGCAGGUGAAGCAGGAGCGGGAGGCUAAAGAGGCUCAGGAGAACAACAGGAAGCCGCCGCCCUAUAAAUACAUCAAGAUCAACAAGCCUCACGGGCGCGUGCAGGUGCACACGGCGGACGUCUCCGAGAUCCCCAAGUGCAACUGCAAGCCGUCAGACGAGCGCCCGUGCAGCUUCGAGUCGGAGUGCCUGAACCGCAUGCUGCUGUACGAGUGCCACCCGCAGGUGUGCCCGGCCGGCGAGCGCUGCCACAACCAGGACUUCACCAAGCGCCAGUACCCCGACACCAAGAUCAUCCGCACCGCCGGCAAGGGCUGGGGCCUGCUCACCUUGCACGACAUCAAGAAGGGACAGUUUGUGAACGAGUACGUGGGCGAGCUGAUUGACGAGGAGGAAUGCCGCAGCCGCAUCAGAUACGCCCAGGAGAACGACAUGUCUGAUUUCUACAUGCUCACCAUCGACAAGGACCGGAUCAUAGAUGCCGGACCCAAAGGCAACUACUCCCGCUUCAUGAACCACAGCUGCCAGCCCAACUGUGAGACUCAGAAGUGGACGGUCAACGGGGACACGCGCGUGGGUCUCUUUGCCGUCUGCGACAUCCCAGCGGGCACAGAGCUGACCUUCAAUUACAACCUGGAUUGCCUUGGCAACGAAAAGACAGUGUGUCGCUGCGGAGCACCAAACUGCAGCGGUUUCCUUGGAGACCGGCCCAAGAAUGGCCAGGCGUCGGAGCCCAAGACCAAGUCGACAAAGAAGAAGGCCAAGCGGCGGAAGAGUCGGAGCGAGGGAAAGAAGCAUUCGGAGGACGAGUGCUUCCGCUGUGGAGACGGAGGCGAGCUGGUGCUGUGUGACCGCAAGGGCUGCACCAAGGCCUACCACCUGUCCUGCCUGGACCGCACCAAGAGGCCCUUCGGUCGCUGGGACUGCCCGUGGCACCACUGCGACGUGUGCGGUAAGAACUCGGACGCCUUCUGCCAGCUGUGCCCCAACUCCUUCUGCAAGGCUCACCAGGAGGGGGCGCUGCAGCCCUGCCCCACCACUGGCAAGCUCUGCUGCCAGGAGCACGAGGCCUUGGAGCCGCUGGUCCUCUCCCCCGAGCCCCAGCAGGGCCACGCCGGCCCCUCUGAACUGCCCCUGCUCCCUGCCGCCCUUGCCCCGGCCGAAACUGUGCCCCAGAUUCACCCAAAAACAGGUGCCAAGAGGGGGCCUAGAUCGGCGCCCAGGAAGGCCCUCAAAAAGAAUAACUCCAAAAAGUCAGUAGAGGUAUAGAGACGGUGGACUGCAGAUAUUGACGCCCCUCCCACCCCCCCCCCCUCACAACUCCACCUAACAUUCCCAUUCCCCCUGACCUAAGAGUCCACUAUCAAACAGAUUGUUUUGUAUUUUUUUUUUUCUCUUUGUUUUUAUUUUAAUGUAAAUUUUUUUAAGUGUAAAUUAAUAUCAAGCAAUCUUCCCAUUUCAUCAGUAACCUUACGUACAAUAGUCAUGUCAGUUGGUUAUAUAGGCAAGAAAAUUUAUAUUAGACACUUAAGACGUAGUUGUACUGCAGUUAUUUGAAAUAAAGAUUCAUUUACAGGUAUCUUGUAACAGAAUUGUGACUUUUUUCCCCCCCUAAUAAGUGUUUGUGUCCACAUCUUCAUCCCCAUAUGUUUUUAUUCUCCUUUUUCAACAUUAUACUGUGUAGCAAAAUAGCAGAUGUUGCUAUUAGGGCCUACAAAUACAAUAAAACAAAAUUGUACAUAUUU